AGAGGCGGGGUUCCGGUGGGAGUGACGCAGGCGCAGUGCCGGUUCGGAGUCCGAGUACCGAAAGGGAGGGCGAUCCGGAUUUUGGGCCCAGGCGGCACCAUGUCAUCGCGGGUUCUGCGAAAACUGCGCGGGCAGCGGAUACAGGAGCCGCUCAAUCACUUGCCCGGAGAGGAGCAGGAGGACGACGAAGAGGAGGAGCGGCCGCUAGAACCCGCGCCGCGUCGAAAACAGCAGAGAAGCAAAAAAAAUAAAGCGGCAUCUGGAAACCUGUUCCAGCUGAUAAGUGAACCUGAUGCUGAGAAUGAUGAGGUGACUGAGGAAUACCCUAUAGAAGAACCAGAUGGUAUAAACCUGAGGCUCAAUGACCCUUUGACUGAGGAGAAUGAUCAAACUAAAGCAACACAGAAUGUAGAAAAUGAAGAACUAGAAAAGAAAAAUGAAGAAUUGGGAAAUGAAUUUGACAUAUUGCAGACAAAUUCAAAUAACAAGCCCAAACGGAAAAAAAAGAGAAAGAAAAACCGCAACAGUACUCCUGCUGAUACUCAGGAAGGUGCUACUGAUGACAUUGAUAGCAUUCUGCAAGAGAUUGAUGGAUCCAAUGGUUUCCAUUACCAAACACAAACUGUCAGUGCAGAAACGAGACCAUUGCUGUAUGUUGAACAUAGGAAUCUGAAUCCAGAGACUGAACUAAAGAGAUAUUUUGGGGCCCGAGCAGUUCUUGGAGAACAAAGGUCAAAGCAGCGGCAUCGUUCGUUGCACAGGAGUACGUGGCUCACAACACCAAAGGAUACUUGGCCACGGUACACUAAAACAGGGAUUUCUAUGCAGCUGCUGGAGACAAAGGGAGGAGCUCAGUAUUUUAGCUUUGAACACAAUCGUGAUUAUCAACAGGCCCAGUUCAAGUUCUUGGAUGCAUUAGAUUCUAUGGAUCCAAAUAACAUUCUGGCACUGCUCCGUGUGAACCCACAUCACAUUGACUCUCUACUGCAACUAAGUGACAUCUGUCGGAUGCAAGAGGAUCAGGAAAUGGCACGUGACUUAAUUGAAAAAGCACUAUACUGUUUUGAAAGUGCAUUUCACCCAGUGUUUAGCCUGACCAAUGGAAAUAGCCGGUUAGAUUAUCGACGAGCUGAGAACAGGUCAUUCUUCCUUGCACUCUACAAGCAUAUGAUAUUUCUAGAGAAAAGAGGCUGUCCACGCACAGCACUGGAGUUCUGUAAGCUUAUCCGCAGCCUGGACCCUGAGACAGAUCCACUAUGUGCUUUGUUGAUUAUUGAUUUUCUGGCAUUGCGAGCCCGAGAAUAUGCUUUCCUGACACGACUCCAUGAGGAAUGGGAGUUCCAUUUGAAUCUGUCUCAGCUCCCUAAUUUUGCAUUCUCCAUUCCACUGGCUUAUUACCAUCUUAGUCAACGAGAAGAUCUGUCAGAUACUGAGCGUACUCAAAAGCAGGAGCGAGCCAAGCAUCUGAUACAAAAUGCUCUCAUUGUAUUUCCAAGUGCACUAAUGCCAUUGCUGGAUUUGUGUGGUGUGCAGGCAGACCAGGCUGUGUUGUCUCACGACUUUUUUGGAUUUGAAGUACAAAUAAGGCAGCCAAGUGCACUGAAGCAAUUAGUAGCACUAUUUAUUGGAAGAAACUGGAUGCUCUGGAAAGAAGCAGGAAUCAUGUCUUGGUUGGAAGCGAAUGUGAAGGAGGUUUUAAGACGAGUAGAUGCAAAAGAUCCACUUGUACAGGAGUCUGAGAACAAGAGAAGGAUUAGAUACCAGAAUGUUCCCCGGAAUAUCUAUCGUCACAUUAUACUGUCUGAGAUAAAGGAAGCUAUUGCAACCCUUCCACCCGAAGUAACUGCUCAGCCAGUGAUGGGUUAUGAUCCACUUCCUCCACUAGACAGCAUUGUCACAUAUAGUAGGCCUGAAAGGGCAAAUCAAGCAGCAGAUGGGAGUACCUUGUCAUUGUUCUUUCGAUCUUUAUUGCCAAAUUUUAAUCUCCAGGAGGACAGGAGACCAAAUUUGGAAGGCGAGGGGGUAGAGGUCCAACAUGAAUUGAAUCAGGGAGUAAACCGACUUAUGGCUGCAAUGAGGGAUAUGUUGGCAAAUAUCCGUUUCCAGGAGCCACCACAGGAAGACUAUCAAGAUGGAGAUGGUGACGGAGACUGGGACUAAAAUUUCAUGCACUAAAUCUUCAGUGAACUUUAUCUUAUGUCUGUAAUAAUAGUGCAUUCUAUGACUGCUUACAAAGCCGCACCGCAGUGAUAUAGAAACAUUUAUUAAAAGAUGCAAUCAUA